AUGUCGGCACCCUACGCUCCUGACUACGCUUCGUACAACUGGACCGGUGCUCCUUCUAACUUCUCACUCGCUACCGACCCGGUGCUGGGCGGUGAUUCAAGAUUUGAAAAUCUCAACAAAUGGUUUCAAUCCGGCGACCAGGCUUACAUUAUCAUUGCUUCGGCAAUGGUCAUGGUCAUGAUCCCUGGCCUCGCCUUCCUUUAUUCCGGUCUUGCCCGCCGAAAAUCUGCCCUUAGCCUGAUCUGGGCGUGUAUGGGUUCCAUGUCGGUCGUUUUCUUCCAGUGGUACUUUUGGGGAUACUCCCUAGCAUUUUCGCCCACCGCGACGAACGGCUUCAUUGGGAACCUUCGGAACUUUGGGCUUAUGAAGACCCUUGCCGAUCCAAGCCCCGGCUCUGCUCUGAUUCCCGGAUUGCUGUUCGCAUUCUACCAGAUGCAAUUCUGUGCUGUUACCGCGGCUAUUAUUAUGGGCGCUGUCGCCGAACGCGGUCGACUCUUGCCGGCUAUGGUAUUUGUUUUCUUUUGGGCGACUAUUGUAUAUUGCCCAGUUACCUGCUGGGUAUGGAACAGCAACGGAUGGGCAGCCAAGUAUGGAGUUAUGGAUUAUGCUGGUGGAGGCCCCGUCGAGAUCGUAUCCGGCAUGUCGGGCCUUGCCUACUCUAUGGUCCUUGGUCGCCGUCAUGAGCACAUGAUGCUCAAUUUUCGCCCCCAUAACGUCUCCCUGAUCGUGUUAGGGACAGUCUUGCUUUGGUUCGGAUGGCUCGGGUUUAACGGCGGCUCUGCUUUUGGCGCCAACCUUCGUGCAGUGAUUGCAUGCUGGAACUCCAACCUGACGGCGGCGUUUGCGUCAAUUACUUGGGUUCUUCUCGAUUCGAGGCUUUCUGGGAAGUGGACGAUGGUUGGCUGGUGUUCCGGUACAAUUUCUGGUCUGGUUGCUGCUACUCCCGCCUCAGGCUUCAUCCCUCUCUGGGCGAGUGUUAUUCUGGGAGUAGUCACUGGUUUAGUAUCCAACUACUGCACGAAAAUUAAAUUUUGGCUUAAGAUCGAUGACUCCAUGGAUAUUUUCGCUGAGCACGGUGUUGCCGGGAUUAUUGGUCUUAUCUUCAAUGCAUUGUUCGGUGACGACGCCAUCGUUGGCCUUGACGGUGUCAAUGUCGGUGCCAUAAACCCAGAAACUCAUACUCAUGUGGGUGGCUGGAUCAUCCACAACUACCGCCAGCUAUACAUCCAGCUUGCUUACAUUGUCGCAUGCAUGGGCUACGCAUUCGUGGUUUCGGCCCUUCUCGCCUAUGCCAUCAACUAUAUUCCUGGACUACAUCUCCGUGCGUCUGAAGAAGCUGAACUCCUCGGUAUGGAUGACGACCAACUUGGAGAAUUCGCAUACGACUACGUUGAGGUCCGGCGUGAUCAUCUUGCCUGGACGCCCCAGACCAUGCAACCCUGCGACCAUACUCAUCAGGUUCCUCGUCCAGACCUCUAUGGCUCCCAAGCGCAUAGCGCCAUGGCCGCAAGGCCUGUGCAGAACGGAAAAAUCUCUCCAGAUCGCAGUACAGACAAUAUUCCGGGUGAAUCACCUUCUGAUACUCAAGCGACAUCCGGGCCUACAAUCCGGAACCCCAGCCCGGAAAGAAAGCAUCGAUUGGCACGGGUCUUCGGUAUGAAACGAGUGCCAGCGCCAUCGAUUCCUUUACACCAUGUUCCUAUCACACCCACGGCACCACCAGCGCACACACUUGAGACGAGUACACAUUCAACCCCGGCUCAUGAACUACCGCUGCCACCUAUGACGCAAACAACUCCCUCACACUCAGUGACUCCACAUGCAACAACAGCCAUACCAUCACCGCCACCGUCAACACAUUCCCAUCAUACAGAGCAGGAUGACCUGAAUGAAAAGAGUGGAUAG